ACCCCCUGCAUUGCCAAAAUCAUAACAAGCUUGUCGUUUUCAGCCAUUAUGGCGAACCCACGAAAGUUCAGCGAAAAGAUAGCUUUACACAAUCAGAAACAGGCUGAAGAGACGGCAGCUUUUGAGGCGAUUAUCAAGGAGGUUACCAGUGCCACACGGGGCCCAGGGCCUUCAUACCCUAAACAACACUUGCCUAUAACGCCAAAUCUCGGAGUUUACCGUGGUGGCUCGCUACCGAAUGUCAACCAAAUAGGCGGCAGUCCAGGCAUAGAUUUGCAGACCGCCUUGCAACAUCUAGACGACAUAAGACAUGGCAAACCGAACCUGGUGGACCGAAUACAUCGAGUACGACCAACUGGGCCACAUAGGCGCUUUCCCGUGGAUAAACGAGCUGACUGCUCUCCAUAUGGAUCUACAUACCUGUCUCCUCCUCCGGACACCAGCUGGCGAAGGAUGUAUCGUUAUCUUAAUGGAGUGUCGCUAUCGCGAACCAACUCUGAUUCAGCCCUGCACACAAGUGCCAUGGCCCCCAUAGACAGCAUUCAUCCCAACACACCCCCAACACAUCGUAGAAUAGCUGAAGUUGCUGGCCAGAAUAUGGGCGACGGAGGUUACUGGGAUCCCAAAAAGCUUGCGCAAUCUCGGCCAAAGUCAUGUGAAGUACCCAACAUCAACAUUUACCCAUCACAAGAACAAGAUUCAGGAGCUCCUCACAUACCCAUCUCAAACAACACUGGGUCGCUACCCGACCUUACCGUGCUCAACUUCCCAUCACCCAUGGCAACGCCGCUGGACGUUGAACCACAAGACUAUCAGCAACAAGGUAGCCCAGUAAACCUCUCCCCAACCAGUCUCAAUCACAUGACCAUGUCGCCACAGCAACAACAUGUCACUAGCCAACAGAGUCCUGGGCAGCGACGUCGUCAUGCGCAAGGAGUUCCUAGUCCACUUGUGCUCAGUAAUACUAAUCAGAUGAGGAUACCCCUCUCACCACCAGUUGGCAAUAUGGACCCCAGUAAGUUAAGUGUGGAUCCCCGAAUACGUCAGCAGUAUCUGUUGUAUAUGCACCAGCAGCAGCAGCAGCGUCACCGAGCACCCAACUCCUCCUCCGCCCAGGCUGCUGCUCCACACCCUGUAUACAAUAACCACCACCCUCACCCACAUCAACAACAGUCGCAAACAUCUCCGCAACAGCAACAGCCGUACUCGCCGCACCAUCGCGUACCGCAGGUGCAUAUUACAUCAUGUGAACAUGAACAGCAAUCACAGCCGUCUAUGACGCAGUAUAGAAAUAAUGUGUCAGAGACUGGCUGUCAAUCUCCCACAUCGCCGUUGUCACAACCGUCAUACUCCCCCGCUCAGUCUCCAGGCCUCCCCCCAACGUCCACAAUCAACAGCUCCCCUUUCGCCGAGGCAUACUACCUGCAGCAGCAACAGCAGACCAAUGCACUACAACAGCAGUUUGAGCAGUUCCACAUGGAAAGGUCAAGGUUACAAGAGAGCACAAACCAUGAUGGGGACCUUGGCAUUAUCCCUUUCUCUUCAUCAGAUUACAAGGCAAUUUUAGAUCAGUUACCUGAUAACACCCCUAUUUCAACAAUGGAGUCUGCCAUGAGUGCAAGCAGCAGUGUGGCCUCCUACUCUUCAGCUAUCUUCUCCCAGUCAGGCAUGGACAGCCAGGACUUCCAGCAACAGCAACAGCAGCAGAUCUUCCGCACCCUGGAGAUGGGGCUCCAGCAGCAGCAGAUGCUUGGGCAAACAGGGGUGGUGGGGAAUGGUGGGGUCACUAGUCCGCAGCCGAACACACCCCAGCACUUAUCUCCUUCGGCCAAUAACAAAAUUCCAGAUAUUGUUCUUACCGGUGCUGAUGACACAUUGGGACGACCGACGCCAGAUUUUGCCAAAGACCUUGGAAAUGCUAUCACAGGCAUGUCAGAUAGCUUUGAUACAGACUUUUUCUCAACUGAUGAAGCUUUUAAAGCAGGCUUAGACCCUCUAGAUCUAGAUGGACUUCAGAUGUUAACCGACCCAAAUAUGGUCACUGACCCAGCGACAGAGGACACUUUCAAACUCGACCGGUUAUAAGGGAGACAACUCCAUCAGAAGGAAAUGCGCUGUUGACACAGGGCAGUUUUGUUUUGUUGUUUGUGAUCAUGUUACCUAAGCGCGGAUUGCAUCAGGAAUCCCAUUGAUUUCAAGCAACUGAGUUUGCUGCCCUUUACUGGCAGGAGCUUGUACCCCGUGUUGGACGAACAGCCAAGCCUUGAUUCAAGGGUUGACUAAAGAGGUCAGUGUGAGUGAUUUUCCCAUCUGCUGGGCUACAGUGAGUGGCUAAAUAGCCAUAUUUGAGUGUACAUAUUCCUCCCACUGAAGUGACAAGCACGGACAUUCCACACACAAACCUUGCCCACCGGCCCUGCCUGCCUGCCUGCCUGCCUGACUGCUUCACCUCUACACGAACAAGGAAUCUUUACGCCAGGCUGAAAUUAUGACUACCACCCUAACAACAGAUGUAAGAGGUUUGGCACCAAUGAGACUGGCUCCUGUAAGAUGAUAUACAAGUUUGUAUGUGUUCUUCUUCUUGCUGUCUUGCUGGAUGACUGUACCGUGGUGUUAGACUUUCUCCAUCUGUUAGCAUCAACCUGCAUGGUUAUUGUGUUGUUUUCACUCAGCCGCUGCCAGUGUCCGACCUGUUGCUGCUGUAGUCACCACACUUCUGUUAAAGCAGUACAUAGCAUAGACACGGGCUCUGGCCUGCACCAGGACACUCAUGAGGUUCCGACUAUUCCCCAGUGAGUAGAGACAAGCUUCAAGUCCAGUGAGCCUUAUUGCGAAUCAGUAGCCCAUAUACGGAAGCAGUUUUGGGUUUGGGCUCAGAAGUGCAUGAAAUGCUAGAUAUUUUUCAUACGAGACAAUUUCUCAGAUAAAGACAUAAUUUUUCAUCACUUAUUAGAAGUUGAGGUAGCUACUAGCUCAUACUGUCUGUGCCAGGAUGUUGAUUCAUUUAAAUAAGAACUGUUGUUCUUGUCAUUCCAUCACAGCAUCCGUUACACGAUGUACGAUGUUCUCUCAUCUUUCACCACCACUGUUCAUGUUAUUUCAUUGCAAACAUUUUUAUCACAAUUAACAAAUUACAUCUGCUUGUUGGUCUUUCUCCUUUGGUUGUUCAACAUUUGCAACGAUUCACUGAAUUAAUCAUUUUAGUGAUUUUUACUUUUCAAAAGUUUAUUUUCUUUUGGAAGCUAGUGUUCGAAGAAUUGAGGUUAUACAUCAAGUGCUGGGACAUACCGAACAGAAUGUGUACAACACAAGGCUUCUGGACAUUAUUAUAGUUAUCUGCUCUACAUAUCAUCUGAUAUAUAUAGGCUUGUGUAGUUUUAAAUUUGUUAAAAUGUAAGAACAUUUUAACUGAAUAUUGUAAAACUGUCACGUUUUUUCUUUUCAAUACUGACAUGUUCUUCAAUUUCCACCUCGUGUAAAAGCUACUGAAUUUUCUUGGGCGAUGUACAUUGUUUUUAACUGCUUAUUUUGGGGAGCACUUUAAGGAAACAUGCAGCUGGCUAACAGUUUAAAAAUGAUGGUGUCAAGAGGAAAGAGUUAUGCAGUGCAUUUUUGAAGUACAUGUUAUGUAACAUCAAUUCUUGAAUUUCUUUUCAAUCAAAAACAAAAUAUAUUUGAAGUCACAUGUAAUUCUUGAUCCUAAAAAACUUUACGGAAUAUCCCUUCUAACUGAAGUUGCUUAGUAGUGCAUAAUGCUAUAGAGAUAAGGUGGAUGAUAUGGCGCAUAUCAACAGCAUUAUAUCACAAUGGCAUACAUUGUUCUCCAUUGUGGAGCUAUGCCCCAUGUUGCCAGCAGAUGUCAUCUAAUGGAGACCAACGUUAAUGAAGUUCAUGACCUACAGAGAAUCUCACAUGCGUCCAUGUUUCCCAGUCUUACUAUACUAGAUAUCAAAAAGUACUGGAAAGCAAGGUCAUCCUUCAACCCUUUCAGUUUGUAAACUGUGAUAACCAGCAUCUUAAUUGUAAAAUGUACAGCUAACCAGCUUCAGUAGCAGAGGGAGAAGUGAUGUCAUUUGAUUUUAAUGUCAUAGUAAGAAAUGACAUCACAGUGGUCUGUAAGGCAAUAUGGAAGCCAGUUUGGGAUGAUAUAAACUAUAUAUCCAGGAACAUGUGUAUUUUGAUGGAAGCGUAACAUGUUGCUCAUGGUGUGAUGUCAACAAUCCAGUUUGUUCCAAAAUCUUAAAAAUGUCUGAAAAUGUUUGAAAUUCAACCAGAUGAUCAUACCCAGGGAUAUUUUUAGUUUAUUGACCAUGACCUUGGGGACGGUGAGCUAUGUGCGAUGUAUGUUCGUAUGGCUGGUUUCAAAUGGCAGCUCUUGGUGUUUUCUUGUGUUUCUUUAUAUUGUUGUGAUGCUUUCAUCAUUCAUGCCUUACGCAUGCCUCAGAGCUGAAUAUGGUCAGAGAGUUGUCUCUUUCAACUAUGUGUCUCCUGUUGCUAAUUGAGUUUCAUAUGCUUCACUAAGCUGCCAUGUGUAUUUAUACUAUGAUAGUGUAGUAGACUUCUGUUCAAAAGUGGUUUUGUGUUAAUACUAACACAGAGAUUUAUUUCCAUUUGAAAACUAUUGCACCUGACAUACUGUAAAUGUAUUACAGAACUAUGGCUGUCUCAUCCAGAUUUGACAGCAUCACUAAGUAUUAGUGUCAAAUAAGUAAAGUUAUAAAAUCUGAUUAAUUAAGAAUUGUGAAUGUGUAUAUGUGCAGCUGAGUGAACAAUGCUGAGCCAUGGCAUAAUAUUUCAUAUCAUCAGUCACAAUCAUGAACAGACAUUUAUAUCCCAGAUUCUAGCCAAGCACCCAUGUACAUGUUCCCCUCUCAGACACAGCAUCAUCUUCAUCAUAAUCAUUAUUAUCACUGAUGAUCAUACUCCUUCAAGUGGAAUACCUUUCGUACAAAAUAUUCACAGUCAGUAUCAGAGUGUUUUGAAUUAUUAAUGUUCUUCAAGUAUGUGUGGUCAGUGGUACAAACACUAUUCACCUGUGUCCAUUUCUCUGCUGUACCUUGCUAAAUUCAUAAUGCGAGAAUUUGUCUCUGAUUUGUACUUAAAUGUCAUUGAUCAUGUUUUUGAACAAUUCACACUUCACUUGUAUACUUUUGAAUAGGAUAUGCCAGUGUUUAGUGGUUUUGGAAAACAGUGUGUGAGAAAUUGUAUUUUCAAAUUCUGAUGAAACUUAAGUGCAUAUAUCCAUACUAAAUGUAUGCUUUCAGUGGAGCAUAGACCUUUGGGGUACCAUGUGAAUUUGAGUUAAGUAAAAUAUAAUUCAUUUGAAAUUAAUAUGUGAUAUAUGAAAACAGGAAAUUUUUCGCCAGCACUCUUUAAGCAAUUACAACCUUCAAGUACACAUGUUGGCAGUACAGCAGUCUUGGAGUGCCAUUAUAAGGCGCUGUGCUGACUCACACACUGGAACAGGAAGGCUUGUGGUUGGCUGGAAUGUCCCUUAGCAUGAUAAGCAAGACGUCCUUCAAGUGCAUUUUACUUCCCAUUACAGCAUAAAACGAACAAUUUUCACAGGUGGCUAGCAUACAUUUUUCACCAAACAAUGUUAUUUCAUAAAAUUGUGCCUGAGAACCAGUUUUUAUUUUCCCAUCAAACAUUUUCUAAAAAUGCUUUUAAGAACAGGGUUCUGUAUUUGUCAAUUCAUGUAAUUAUUCUACCACUUUUCCCAUGUUUUUAACAUUUCACUCAAUUGAAAAUUUCACUGUAUGUAUUGUUAACACCAUUUAGAGUAACGUCAACAUAUUUGUGUCCGCUUCACCAGGAUCUGCUGUUCUUUAUGUGCCAAAGUCAUUGAGGGCGCUCAUCAUACUGAUUCCAUGACAUCCCUCACCCUUGUGCUCAACACAGCUUUCAUAACCUCUCAUGUUAAACAAUCCUUGUAUGUCUUCAGAGGAGUAGCACCCUGACUGGGAAAGGACUGCUAAUCAUGGCCACAGAGUUUGAGCUUAUAUUAUUUGGGAAAUUCUUACUUAAUGACAUUAGACAUACAACACUUAAAGCAUCUGUUUUGUAGUAAUGUUAAUUAAGUUGUUGCAGCAUUUUGGCUGUCUACAAGUACUUUCAGGCUGGAGGUAUUGUGUGUGUGGUUCAGCUCUGUUGAAACACGAUGUACCGAUGUCAGUUGUUUCUUUUCCAGUAUCAAGUUUCAGUAUGCCAAAAUGAAUCAUUUUACUCUUUGUCAGUCAAACAAAUUUAUUUGUUGUCUCUCUUGUCACCACUAUCUGUUCACUUUGAUGCUUGAACAUAUGGCCAAUUGUCCAAGUUGGUGUCUAAUACUCAUUUAAUGAGACGAGAACAAGAUGUUUAAGGCAAGACAUGCUAAAGGGGGACUACUCUGUAUGGAACUGAGCUAAGGCCUCUGUGAGUUUGGCAUUGUUCAGUGGAAGUUUGAUAAUGUCAUAAAUGUUAAUUUGGCGGACAAAGUGUUGAUUAAAAACUUAAAUCAAACUGACUCACUUUCAGUAGUUUAAUCCCUCUUUAGAAUGUAGCAAAAAAUAUUGAUUAUUGCCUUUGUGUUUUCUGCUCAGAAUAACUGUUGCCCAUGAUUAUCUUAUCAUCUCUGAAAUGUUACUAGAUUGUUUUAGCCUCUAUGUAUUUAUUAAUUGUUAAUUUAUUUGUUAAUCUCUCAGCAGUAGCUUUUAGUUUGUUUUAUGAUGAAAGCUGCUUUAAUAAGCAAUUGUUUUGACAGAUUUUUAAAGUAGAUAAUAACAGGUAUGGAUACUUAACAGGAAGAUGACCCAGGAAGAUGUGUGUAAAUAGAUUAAUUCCUGAAGUUUACAUAGGGUGGAUAAAGUUUUGUGAGGAGUUUUGUUAUAGCUGUCUUCUUAGUGACAUUUUACUUACAGUAUUUCAAGAUGAAUAUACCUCCUAUGGGUAGUCACAGUGAUAAAGACUUCUCAGACAAUAGGUGUCCUUAUUCGACACAGUAACAAUCAUAAAGUAAACAUGAUUACAUAUUAGUAUUUCAUUAUCUGCUUCAUCAGAAUGUGUAAUAGGACCUACCAAGAUAAGUCCAGAAAUGUUCUGGUAUGGAAUGUCAUAUUGGGACAUUAAGACAUGUAGAAAUAUUCUUUGUCCCUGAAAUUACAACUGUUGUCAUUCCAUUUUGUUGAGGGUAUUGAGUGAACAAAACUUGCAGUAAUAUAAUUUGAAACAUUAUAUACUACGAAUAUUAGUAUAGUAACGACCACCUGAUACUUUCAUGAUACAUUUAUGACGCAUUAGAUAUGGUAGUAUGAAAGAAUCUGUUGGUCUUUAACUUGUUUUAACGCAGUAUAUUUUACCGCAUUGAAGAUGCACAUGAUGCAGCGUUUGCCAUCUGGAAUAACACAAGGACCUGAUCAUUUAUUAAACGGCUGGCUGGACUGAGAUUUUCUGUGAGGACAAAAUAUUUUUCUAAUUCUUCCUUCAUAUGUUACUUAGUUCAUGAGUAGUUUUAUCAUAAAAAGAACAAAAUAAAUAUCAAUAUUGUAACAGUGAAAUGUCUAUUUGUUACAGUUGUAUACAGCCACCCAGUGUGGUGAGGUUUCUUCUGUGAUUGGUCCAGCCAUGUCCUGUACAGUUAACCAGUCAUUGAGGGUAUAUGUAGGGGAGACUUCAUGGUUACAUGGUGACUGAAGAGAAUGUUAUUUUGUAAAAGGUUAUUUAUUGAGAACUGUUUUAUUUGUUGUUUGAAAUUAAGAUCACCAUUUCAAUAUUUAUUAACAAGAAGAAAUGUGUUUGUUCCCAGUGAUGUUUGAGUACAGAGAAGGAAUUUAUAUAUAUUGUAGAGAUAUAUUUAGAUUUGUUGUGAUUAUUCUUGUUACCAAGUCCAGCAAUGGAUUGAUGGCUGUGUUGACUACUCUUGUCAGCUUUUGUUAAAACAUUGGCAGGAUCUAGUGUAGUUCUUUCAGAUUCUGUAUGGUGAAGUGGUCACCUGAUUGAGCCAUGUGCUAAUUUUCGAUGUUUCAUGUUUUGUGGUUUGAAAGAUUUAAUCAGGCCUCGAAAUGAACUGUAGUUAUUUCUGUCUGUAGACAACAUUUAGAAUCAUGUAUCAUAGUUACAUGCUUUUUUCUAACUUUACUUUCACUUGAAAAUUGUAAUUUCCAGUUUUCGUCCAUAGCACAGAUUUGAAGAAUUUAUAUGAGAUGUGAAUUUAUUUUUCUGUUAAAUGAGAAAUAUAUUUGGGCUGGGAGAAAAGCUGAGCAAGUGCUAUUAGAGUAUGGAGGUGACAUCUGGUGUACAGCUGGUUAUUCCUGUUGCUAGUCUCACUACUAACAAAGUAAAUAACAGGGUUGACAUGGCAAGGGUGCAUUGUUCAUGCCACCAUUACUGCUUCGUUGGCUUCAGGUAGGGUUUGUGUAGUCUCCUUCUUCCAUGUGUAACUUCAGAUGGGUUUGUGCCAACCUAACGAUGUAAAGUGAAUUGUGUUACAUUUCUUUGGUCCAUCCUGAACAGUGAAGGAGAUCUCCAACUGCCUUAAUUUCCACCGUUUUUUUCUAGUCAGCAUCCUGUGGCACGCAGCUUCUUGCCGCGUGUACUUCCUGCAAAUCAUGUCAUUGUAUCAUCAGAGUUAUCCCCCUUGCAUGUGUUCACACCAUCCAUUCAGCUGACAUUCUACCACAUGUUUGAUAUUUUCUAUUUUUAAAUUUGAUAAUUCUAGAUUUGUUUACUUUGAACUUUGAAGUUCCUUGUCUCUUGAGCUGGUUUGAAAAAAUAUCAUGUGCUACACAUUCCAAACUUUCUUAUGUAGAUUUAACAUAACUGUGGUAAAAUGCUGUUCUGAAUGCAGUGAUUUGAUUGGUUGAUCAUUGUCCACCAUCUUCCCCACGCGUCUCAUUUUCGCCUACAUCGUUUCAUGUCAGCAUCUGGUAUUGUCAUGUAACCAUAUUCCUUUGCCAUACUGAAGUAAAAUUAUGUACCAUA